AUGCAUGAACAGCAAUUGGUUGAUUACUUUAUUGAAAGCAGUAAGAGUCGAUGGAGAAUAACGGUUCCUCUAGGUUUGCAGCGCGAUGAAGAGCAAGUCGCUUUUCGUAACCCCACAAUUUCACGAACAGGUUUUGGUCUUGUAGCUAUCACUCGAAAGCUAGGCAAGCGGACGAUUGACGUGAAGAAGCGACUACGAGAGAAACUCAUGGAGCCUGUCGUGAAACUGUUACUCGAAAACGCGAAGCGAGAGGCACAAUUUGCUUACAACCCCGGCGGAUUAUUCGACGAAGAAAUUGCUAUUCAAGGGUCAACUAGGCUCACAGCACUCUUUCGACGUGCCGUGAUGAUGAUUGUGUCGCCACGAGAAGAUUAUCACCCGCUCGUUGCUGAAGAAUUGAUCUCAUUCUGGACCCCACAGGAAAUUCGACUUGUUUGGCGAUAUCUCUGGCUGAAGAACUGGAUCGUUCGCGCGUCUGAGAAAGAGCGCGGUCGUGGUUACUCUACCAGUCAACGACUGCAAGACUCGCUAAAAGUAGCUACAUUAUCGUACCCUUUAUCGCUAUUUCGGCAGGCUGCAGAACGGGAGAGCAUGGUUUGCUCUCUUGAGGAAAUUACUGUCGACUCAAACGAAACAAGGCACCGUGGAGAAUUGCAUAGCAGUGACCAACUCUUUGAGGAUGAUUUUCCGACUAAUGCUACACCAGGCCAGUGUGCUCUCGAGUUGGGAUGUCAAGUGCUUGGUACGUGCUCGCUUACAGCAGUGCUUUCUUCAAUUUCCGAUACCGAUACAGAGAAUGAUGCACUAGUAGCACCAAAGCUAAAUGGCAAGCGACAACCAAGUUCUACUAAAAGAGAGAGUUUUUUUACUUGCAAGAGUCUAAAAGGUAGGUCUGGUUUUGCUGCACACUUGGCCAACACGGUGAAUGUUGCGAAAGCAUCGGAUUUUCUGGAUGCUUGGAGAGUCGAGACUAAGAUGCACGCAGUGACUAUCAAUGACACAGACCUGUUAAGUGCCUGCGAGGCGUUUUCUUGUGAGGAAUUUGAUGAUAAUGAUGAAUCAGAAGUCGUUGCGUUUCGUCAAUGCCGAAAUGACAAGGAAUCUGAGAACGUGCUGAGGAAUGCGGUGUUGAAUUAUGUUUGUAAAAGCGGUGAGGAGGGGCUAACAUUGUCAGCUUUGGUGGAAAAAGUGCGCUUAAGCAUUGAUGAGGAGCUUCAAGCUGCUUUGCAAAUGCGCGUUGAACGCUGCUUGAACUCUCUUGUUGAUCAAGGUGUGCUCAUUUGUGUAAACGCGUACUACGAUCAGCGCUACGUUGUUAAGGAGCAUGGAGACAUGUGGCUGUUGCGGCCCUUUUCACUCAUUCCAAGCGCCAGCGCAUCGUUAACACCCCAGGUCGUCUUCGAAGGUGAGAAGGACACGAUAUCUUUUCCGUGGCUGAAGAUGGACGGUGGCACAAACUAUAAGUUUCUAUUUGCCAUCCAGCGCAAGUUGCUAGCGUUGAUUAUUCAGGCUCCGGGUAUUACUGAGAAGCACGCAUACGCUAAGAUGAAUCGACUACUGUCGAUGCAGGAUACCCGCGAGGCAAUGUCCUUACUCGUAGAGGAAGGGCUGGUAUAUGUUCGUGCAGUCACCUACCCUGCAGUUGAAGCCACAAGUCUCUUCCGACCGUUAAUGACACAACCUUCGGCUGCUAAGGUUAUCAAGCUGGUAGGGAGUGUGCUGGCCUAUGAUCGUUCUGUUUUCAAAGUGCACUACUUUCCCCAUGUUGAGUGCAUCCAGCGAUUUGGAAGCAUUGUGCAGGACUAUCAAAACGUCGAUGACAUGGUGUAA